AUGGCUCAAGUUUAUGCUCAACAAGCUGAAGCAGCUAAGCCGGAAUCCGAGAGAAAAGUACCUGAAACGGAAGAGGAUCAACGUCGACGGGAUGAUGACAGUGACGUGUCUGACGAGGAACCCGGUGAAGAUUUGCCUUUAUCAUCCAUACAUGCACAAAUGGGACUCUUCUGCCAUUCUAACGCAGCUAUAGGCCCUGCUUCACUCUGGAACCGAGGCGACAUCGUUCAAUUCAAGAACCAGAUAAAAAAAGAAGACAGCCAGGGAAUCCUAAAAGUUGGUCAUGGAGAGACUGUCACGAUCCGAGUUCCCACCCAUGAAGAUGGAACUUGUUUGUUCUGGGAGUUUGCUACCGAUCACUAUGACAUAGGAUUUGGAGUAUAUUUUGAAUGGACAAUUGCAGAAAGCAAUCAGGUUUCCAUCCAUGUGAGUGAAUCAGAUGAAGAAGAGGAUUACGAAGAAACAGCUCCGGAAGAGGCACAACAAGGAACUGUUCCUGGGGAUGUCGAGUCUGGAACACCAUCACGACGUGUUCGUGAUCCUAAUAAGCCACGGGUAGAUGAGAUAAUUCCAGUCUACAGAAGAGACUGCCAUGAAGAAGUGUACGCUGGAAGUCAUAUUUAUCCCGGCCGUGGAGUGUAUCUUCUGAAAUUUGACAAUUCCUUCUCUCUAUGGCGAUCCAAAUCCCUAUAUUAUCGUGUCUAUUACAGCAAGUAG